AUAAAAUUUUGAUUUACAAAAAUGGAGAGAGGAUUAUAAAGACUUAUAAAAAUUGCUGAUUUACGAAGUCAGAGAGAUACAAAUCGAAAAGUUAUCGAAGCAGGGAUCGUAAAUAUAUAAUAUAACCAUUACGCGGCGAGAUCACACGUCGGAAUUCUUCCAGAGAAAUUUCUGAAAAAAGAAAUUCCAUUUGACUGUUGCACAUUGCUCGCCGAGGAAGCCAGAGCGCGAAUCGAAACCCCAUAUCGCGAGACUCGCGUGUCGCGCUCUCCCCUUCUCAAGCUCGGGCGGAGAAGCCCGUUCUGGAUGAUGCCUCGGGAAAUUCGUCGAAAGUCACAGCUGGCCGGGUCUAUAAUUCUAAUUUCGUUGCAGGUGCAUGCGCCUCUUUCUUUCACGUCGGGUGAAAAUUCACAAGAUAUCGCCGCUCAUAAUUACCGGGUUCCCCUAUCCUCUCUCCCCCACGAUGAAAUAGAGCCCCGUGCUAAGCCGGACGAUUACUGACAUGUACGAACAAUUAAUGUCGCAUUAUCCCGCAGAUUUCGCCGCCUGGGUUCGUUAAUUCCGUCGCGAGAAAUCGGUAUUUCCUACUCUGAUAGGGACGGGCGAGUUCGUUACAGGCGGGACACCUUGGCAGAAGGGGGGGGGAGGAGGGUUUGUUGCAUCCGACGUUGAAAAGCACUCGGAUAGCACAAAUGCAUUUCAUUACUUCGCGGGCGGCAGAAAGCCGAGGACACCGAGAAUCCGAAAAGGAAAGUGUUAACGGUCUCGUUCAAUUUAACUGCCCGUGAAAGGAAUUUUGGAGACAUGAGGGUCGCAACGACGGACUCGACCGCCUUGAUCUUUUUACCCUUCGCGCUGCUCUUCGCGCGGGUUAUCGGCGAUGGCAAUGCGCGGACGUUCACGAAGCCGUUCAACGGCCAGAAGUCGCAGCUUAUCUCGUUUGACACCAAGGGCGGAGAGAUCGAAGUCAAUUGGGAUGUGUCCGUGCCCUUUUUCACCAUACCGCUGAACCACGUGAGCGAGACUGGCGAAGUAUCACCUCUGCUUAAUGUUAAUACGAAGGGAUUUUCAAUCGCCGGUGUUUUAACAGCCAUUUUGACUUUGGCCGUGCCGCUUUUAUCAAAGCCAGGGCCAGGAGUGAAUUAUCGAAAUCUCGACUCGCAAUGGUCGCAAAUGGGAGAUACGAUAAAUGAGAUCGUGUUUAGCAAUCGAUAUGUCACACCCUGCGUACAGCGCAUCGUUUGCUCCGUCGUUUCCGAGGCGAGUCAUUCCGAUAAUCCUUCGAGCACCGAUAAGAUCAUCGACGGUUUGUCAAGUCACAAGUGGUUUAAGGAAUUCACGAACGGUACAAUCCUUCAGGAAGCUAUCAGGAUGGGACGAGAAGGACGCCACGACUGUGGCCACAUUUAUAAGGAUUGUUUCGUGACGCCGAAAAUUUUUAAAAGUAUGAUGGCUCAAUUUGGCGCAAUCUGAUACCAACGUUCAUUAUAAAAUUGUAAAAACGCUAUCGAUCUCAAAAUAUUUGUAUUUUGUAUUUUUUUUUAUCAUCACACAUGUCCUUGUUGCUGCAGCGAACGCCACAUCGCGAACGUCUUCAUGAAAAUUUUGCAAAAAAAAUUUUGCACUCCGUGCAAAUACAUUGUUGAAGCUCGGUUUUUGUUUCACGUUCAAUUUUAAAAUCAUUCGCGAUGUAACGAGCGAGUUACAUCAGGACGACCGAUCUUCAUUAUCUUGAUGCACGAGGUGUGAAAUUUCGUCGCGCCCAAGAGAAACCGCGUCGUGUAUUUAAAUAACGCGCUUUCACUUUUCCUUUUAUACAAAUCGUUAGAAAAUCACUGCUAUUAUAAUAGAUAUAAUGAGGUUAGUGCCGUAUAUAAUCAUUUAUCACUUUUAAAAU